AUGACGACCACUCAGUUAUCGAAACGGUGUCCCAGUUGUCAAAGGAAAUAUAUAGAAGAAAAAGGACCUUGGUGCAAACAAUGUGAUCUCCCAAAAGGAUGGACAAGUGGUAACGACGAAAUUGAUGAUUUUAUCAAAACAACGCAAAAUAAGUUGGGAGAUUUUUACGAAGAUUGUUUUUUGGAAUGGAUUCCUUUCGACCGCCUCCGUAAUCUAUACAAAAUUGGGAAAGGCGGGUAUGGGACCGUCUAUUGUGCAGACUGGAUUGAUGGAAAAAGGUGUUGGGAUCCGUCUACUGUUCCACAAACAAGGACUAGACAGCCCUGUAAGGUGGCAUUGAAGAGUUUAAACGACGGAGAAAAUUAUCGACUUUUUCUAGAGGAAGUUCGUUCCCAUUACGACGCGCAUAACAGUUCUAUUUAUGAAAAUCCUUUUCCUAUGUAUGGUAUCUCUAGAGACCCAAGUACACAAGAAUAUUUGAUAGUUAUGCCGUUUGUAGAAAAUGGUAACUUGCGUACGUACAUAAAAAAUAAUUUUCGCUUAUUAGAUUGGAAAUUUAAACUCUACAUGCUCUAUACCAUCGCAAUUCGACUUGAUCGUAUUCAUAAUAUGGAAAUGAUUCAUCGAGAUUUGCAUGGUGGAAAUAUACUUGUGAUAAUUGGAGAAGAUGGUUUCGGAAGAGGCGAAAUAACAGAUUUCGGACUGUGCUUACCCGAGAGAAACGUUGGAAAUGGUGAAGUCUAUGGUGUCUUACCCUACGUUGCCCCAGAAGUAUUAAUAGGGAAGGUGUACAGUCAAGCAGCUGAUGUAUAUGCUUUCGGUAUUAUUAUGUGUGAGAUGACCACCGGAGAACCAGCAUUCUGUGAUCGUGCACAUGACGCGGAUUUAGCUCGCGAGAUCCUAGACGGAUUACGACCCAAGAUUCUUGAAGGCACCCCUCUGGAAUAUGUGAAGUUGGCGAAACGUUGCCUUGAUAUUGAUCCAGAAAAACGCCCUCUUAUAUGGGAGAUUCGCAAUUUUUUUACUAAUCGCCGUACCGCCCCUCCGCAGGAAUAUCGAGAAGCGGAUAAACUCAUAAAGAAUUCAUCUCCACGCCCGACUCGUUAUCCUGAUGAGAUCUACACUAGUCGACGUUUAGAUCUUACAACUUUAAACCAAUCCGAUAUGCUCUCGAUUCAAGGUGAAAGUACAUCCGGCAAGAAACCUAUCUUUUUUUCGGAUUCUGGUCAAAUAAAUUUGGAGAUUCCAGAUCUCCUUGACUCUUAG